AUGACAAAUUAUCCACCAUGGUUACUUUCUGUGGCUGCUAGCACUCUUGACAGAAAGCUGGUUACCAAGGUGCAAUUGGGCAAUGGGGCGGUUUAUGAGAGUUCUGCAGAAGUGGGGUUUUUAUCUGGAGCAGCUGGUGUUAUAUUUGGAUUUAAUUUCCCACAAGACCGUAGCUCAGCAUAUGCCCUGCCUGCUGUGUUGCUUAGUCAGUGGAACCAAAGGCUAAUACUUUCUUACAUAACUUCAACCAGAAAUGUAACGGCCAUAAUAUUUAAGAGUGAAGAAAUAAACGAAGGGUUAAUCCCUUUCAUAGCUUCAUUCUCAUCAAGAGGCCCAAAUCCAAUCACACCAAAUAUCCUAAAGCCUGACAUUGCUGCACCUGGAGUUGAAGUUAUAGCUGCACGGUCUCCAGUUGGCCCAAUUUCAAAUGUUAAAGGUGACAAAAGAAAAGUACAAUACAACAUAGAAUCCACUUCAAUGGCCUCUCCUCAUGCUACUGCAGCAGCUGCAUAUGUCAAAUCAUUUCACCCUAAUUGGUCUCCUGCUAUGAUCAAGUUUGCAUUGAUGACCACUGCUACUCCAAUGAGUCAAACUCUUAAUCCUGAAGCUGAAUUUGCAUAUGGAGCGGGGCUAAUUAAUCCUGGUUUAGUAUAUGAUAUUAGCGAAGCAGAUUAUAUAAAGUUCUUGUGUGAAGAGCGGUAA